CUUAAUCCUCAACCGGCGUGGCUGAUGCCCAACUUCAAGCGUACCAGAUCCCAGCUCGCUCUCCCGGAUUUUGACUUUCACCAGCUGUCCCGCUCUCCUCUAAAGGAUGCUAAAUCUGCGCAGCGGAAGCUCUCCAGUUCACCUCACCGCUCGACCCGGCCUAACAAUGAUCUCCAUCCGGAGAACAGCUCGAAGAGGCCCUCAUCUCCUCUUAGAAGGGCCCCAUUUCCAGAUGAACCCAUGAGGAAGCGUGUUCGAAACGAGACCCCGAAGAGUGACGCCUGGUUGAAACCACUUUCGAACUCGCAAAGAGAUUCUGGUCUCAUCCAUUCGAGGCCACCUCCCACUGCAGUCCGACGCUCGCGAUCCGUGCCUCCAAUACAGCAGUCUCCUUACUUUAACCUUCAUGGACUUCCUCAACGCGAACAGAUGGAUCGUCAGCAGUCUUUUUCUGUGCCUCACUUGUCUCAUGCUAGACCAUUGAAUACAGCGGAAUCCUCUUUUUCUGUUCCUGCUUCGAGUAGCACUGGUGCAUACAAGCCUAGAACACCGCAAGGUCUAAAACCGCCCAUUUUGAUGCCACCUAUGUCUCCGUUAACGCCACUUCCCGUCACUCCUGCUGUUGAUAGACAUGUGGCCACCUCGUCCACGCGUUUUGAGUGUCUCAUAUUCCCAACCACAACAAAUAGCCAUGACGUUCCGUACGCGAACCACGAGCUUAUAUCCACUGUGCCUGUCAAGUCUCAGAUAUCCGCUGCCCCGUCCAGCCGCCUACCUCGUCCAGUGUCAUCGAACAAACAAGACCGGAAUGAACCGUCAGAAUCACGUAAAACAAACCCGAGUUCUUCGAAGUUCACUGCAGCCGCCAACUCGCGUAUUACUCGGAGCACCUCGAACCGACAACGAGAGGGUACACCGGGUGGUGGGGAUCAGGUUUCUGCAAGCGCUAAAGGCCAGUUCACUGCAAAGCGAGCUGAAAGUGACUCUGGUCCAAACUCUGUAUUUAAGCCUGCGUUGUCCAAACGGCAGGCUUCACUACUCUCAUUCGUGAGGCCGCCCUCGGAUCCAGUUCGUGGGAGUCGUGCGGCGACAGUGGAAACCGCGACUAUCUCAGCUCAUGCUACACAUCCACCGAAGUCGUCGCUAUCGUCGCUAUCCUCUGCAUUGCAGAAGCUGAGCAUGCCCAUGCCUCAGCGGUCAAGCACUAGCAUGGGCUUCAAUCAUGAUGCCAACGACAACCGGAAACAUGAAGCGAUCUUUAGCCACAAGACUACUGAUGACAUCCCAUUUGGGACGUCAAUCAAGCGCAAUGGUCCAUCAACUUCCACGUCCCGGGCCAUCUCCAUACCUGCAACACCGGUCCGCAAGUUAACGAGCAUGAACCACCUGCCUCCACCGUCUAGCACGCGACAGACAACACUAAUGCUGCCUCCUCCUGCACCUGGGUCGAAUGGUGUACCCUCGCGCCCUGGAAUGGUUGUUGGCCCAGCGAAGGCAAGCGUUGGAGCGAAAGGCCAUCCUGUGGCCAGGCCCGGUCACGAUCGUUCGCGCUCCUAUGGCAGAGCAUUCAUGGGCGCCUUCGGCGCGAGGAGGCUCAUGGGGAGUAGUCGGGUAACUCAGAAAGCGAGCAAACCAACCAGCUUGCCCAGUGUGGAGGGCAGCCCUGUGAAGUCUGCUCUUUCCCACCAUGUCCGACUCGAUAGCGGUCGGUUGGAAGCUUCAUCAAACGUCGGAGAAUGGUCAGGACAUGCUUCCGGAAGCACGCAGGAUCCGGAGCGUGCGCCUUCUUCGUCGGGGAUUUUCGCUGGCGAACGUCGGGAGUCUGCUACGCUGGAGUUGCAAUCACGCAGAUGGGAAAAUUUGCCGGGGAUUUCCCCGCGCAGGAGCAUGUCAAUAGACUCUGAACCUUUGCAACCACAUACGCCCACCACGUCAUCACAAUACCACAUAGUCCCUUCGACAUUCCACGGAAAGGGAAAGUCUAACUCAUCUGAAGCUGCCGAUAGCCGAGUGUCUUCCCUGAAUGGGAAGAUGCACAGCGCACCCGGACUCAUGAGGCGCGCAAGCAGCUCGGGUGCCAUUGUCUCCACUCGGAGUCUCAGUUUACCCCCCUCCACCUCAAACGGUUGCAUCGAUAUCCUUUCAGAUUGCACGAUUUUCAUCGACGUCCGUACGGACGACGGGGACGACGCCAGUCCUUUCUUCACUGACAUGCUUAGUGGUAUGGGUGCAAAGAUAUUAUCUCGCGUCGGGCAGACUUGCACGCAUAUUGUCUACAAGAACGGGCUGAUGAGCACGCUCACUCGAUACCGGCUUCUCAAAGAGCCAAGACCCUUUGUCGUCGGCGUCGCAUGGGUGGUACAGUGCGCCGAGCGCCGCUCGCAUGUCGACGAGACCAAAUACUUGAUCGGUCUGGAAGGGACCAACGUCGCGGGUACGAACAAGCGACGGAGAUCGAUGCUUCCUAAACAACUGCAGUCUCCGGAUCUUGGUUCGCCCAACGACGGCUCCUCUUUUUCAAACGUCGCAGGCACCAGCUCAACUCCCGUACAGACGGCACAAGAGUCCGUCGGCGAGACGUCAUCUACGCCUGUUGUGGCCAAUGGCGACGCAAAUGACUCGCCAUCAGGGGGUGCACUUGCUCUGCUCCCGCUAGCGGAGGCUCGACGCCGUCGACGUGUUCUUUCCCGCGUAUAGCUUGGCAUCGAGGGGGUCGUCGGAAAUACCAGUGUAAUUGCAUCGCGGCUCACUCACAUUCUAAGUAGAUCUACUGGACUCUAUACCUCGGGCGCUCAUUAUGGAUAGAACACGGUCGCAACUGAUGUAAUGAACCUCCAUCUCUGGGACAAUUGGAUGCAUUCUUGUUAUACACGUUCAUUAUGUGUUCUCGCCAAUGAAAGUUUGCAG